CGGGUUUGGGUGCGGUACCGCUCAGCCGGAAGUGACGCGCGCAGCGCCUGGCCUCACCAUGGUGCUGACCCGCAGCCGCUCGGGGACUCCGGUUAGAAAGCCGGUGGAAUCCGUAAGGAAAACUCCCAGCAGUCAAAUAAAGACCAGGAGCAGAUGGCUGGAACUCCAGUCGGAAACGAUUCCUGAAUCUCACUAUGAAGUGCAAGAAAUUGUUCUGGUGGAUCCUCAGCCUUGUAUUAUGGAGCCAGCAGAACUGAGCGAUGAGGUUAAAUUAAAUGACCAGUCUGCAGAGAGCCUUGUCCCAGAGAAUUGUGCCGAAACGGAAAGUAAAAACCCGGUAGAACUAAUCGAAUUAACUGAUGAUGUUCCAAGAGAUGUCGUUGAUGAGCAAAAGGAUGAAGGCUCGGAAAAUCAAAACGCAGAUACUAUCAUCUCAGUUCCUAUUAUUAGCCUUCUGUUCAGCAGUGAUGACAGCUCCGACAUUGGAACUGACACCAAUAUAGUAGUGGAAGAGGAAAGUGCACAUGUUCAAUCCUCUGCUUUGAAAACCACAACAGGCCAAAGCUCUUCUGGAGAAGACAAUUGCUUGUUUGUGAUUGACACCAAGCCGGGAAUAGAUGUAGAUAGAGAGUUUUACUUGGAUUCAAGUAGAAAAGAGAUUAUUGGAAAAAGUAGCCAAGAUAUUGAUCAAGAUGAAGAAUUAGAACAGGAGGAAAAAGAAGACAGUUUUAUUGAUGGUGAUGAUGAUGAAGAAGAAGGGGAUGAAGCUAUUUUGCUAAGCAAAUCUAGCCGAUCAAAACUUUCGACUAGUAUUGAUACAGGACUAGAUUUGAAUGAGCUUGGUGGCUUGUACAUUACUUUUGAUGCUGGCAAAAUGGGUCACAACUCAAAAAUUUCUGACAAACUGAAGAAGGAAAAGAAAACAGAUGAGUUAUUAGCAAAAAGCAUCCUCACACCAGACUUUGAAAAAAAGGAUUGUGUUCCUCCAUACAAACAGUCACUUCGUCAACUGAAGAAACAGCGCAAGGAAGAACGUGAAAAAACAACUGGUGAUGGUUGGUACAACAUGAAGGCUCCUGAGCUCACCAGAGAGUUAACGAAUGAUCUGCAGGCAUUAAAAAUGAGGGCAGCCUUUGACUCCAAGCGUUUUUACAAGAAGAAUGAUCGUGAUGGCUUCCCAAAGUAUUUUCAGGUUGGUACAAUUCUGGACAAUCCAGUAGACUUCUAUCACUCUCGAAUUCCCAAGAAGCAAAGAAAGAGGACAGUCGUGGACGAACUCCUAGCUGAUGCAGAGUUCCGAAGAAACAACAAGAAGAAAUACCAGAAGAUCGUAGCAGAACAAGCAGUUAGUGAUGCUGGCAAGAAAAAUCGCAAGAAGAACAAAUUUGAAAAGCGAAGCCGUAAAAAAAAAUAAACAUCCUUCUUCUGUAUUACUGAAACUUGCAACACAAGAACAUUUGACCAUAAUACCAUCCUCAUGGAUGUUAUUUCCCUAUUGUAAGUGAGGCUUAGCUUAGCUGGCUAAACGCAUUUAGAAAAUAACUGCUCUGCUGUGCUCACAUUUGUGUAAUGAUAACUUUUCAGCCUCAACAAACCAUGUUACAGUGGGGAAAAGAGCUAUAUCAUUAUCAACUCAUGGUUAAUGGAGUUCAAACAAUUGCCGAUUGUAAUAUUUUACAAGUCGUCGUCCUUUUAGAUAUUGAACAUAGAGUUACAUGCACAGAAUACAAUUACAAAGUGAUAUUCUGAUACGUUUCUGUGUAAUAGGUACUUAGUUUUCAUUUGCAAUCUGAUUAUAUAAUGUAUCUAUCCUUCAAGUUUCAUUGGGAUGAUAUUUAUGGUCUUUGAUAUUGUGAGAAAAUAUUUUCUAAUUUAAAUUUGUAAAUUAUGUCAAAGAACCAAUUAAGUAUCAUCUAUAUUUAACAAAGAGGGUGCAUUAUUGGCCUGAAAAUCAACAAAAAGCUUUGUCUUUUGAGCUUCUAUUUCUAUACAUGAUGUUACACGGAGAGUGAAAAUGUAAACAUUUACCAAUAAAGAGCAGUAAAUACCUUAAA